AUGGACUAUGAUCUAUAUGACAUGGAAUUGGCUAGGUAUAAUCUUAAACAAAAACGAAUUAAAAACUGGAUAAAUAUCAGAAAUCAGUCAAAAGACCCCAACACCAACUCCGAAUCCAACUCGUCUGAACUAUAUGAAAAAGAAAAGAAACUAAUGUUUACAGGUAUCAAUAAUCUUAUGACUCAGCUCAUAAUCGAUAGAGAUCGUUUGAUUAAUUCCAGAAUUUACAGAACCAAUUCUGAGAACAAAAAAAUCUUCGAUGAUUUUAAUAACCGCAUGCAAUCAGCUCAUAGCAUUAUUAAUCAGCUAAAAAGUUUGAUACGAUUAGAAAAAUCUUUUUGGAUUGGAAUAAAAUAUAAUAAGAAUACAACAAAAACCAGACAAAAAUUAAGGGAAUUUAGAAAGAAAAUAAAUUGGAUGCAGAAUUCAAUAUCUUCAGUUGUUAAUAGAUAUAACGAAAUAAGAAUGUUUUUAAAUCUUCCAAAGGACAAUUUGUAUACAGAAAUAAAAAAUCAAAUGAAACCGUUUGAAAUAAAUUAUGUGUCUAAAAAAAGAAGAGAAGAAAUAGAACGUCGAGCUAAAUUUAAAGAAACAGAACUAAUUUUAUAUGAUUUGAGAUCACCAACGGAAUUGUUAAACAAUAGAAUUGUAGAUCAUGGAAUAACUCCAACUUAUCGGUUCCUUACAAGAAACACAUCGGGUCAACAAUUUAUUUACAACUACUCGUGUUCAUUGUUUGGGAUGUAUGUUGAAGGAAGUGGUACUAGCAAGAAUGAAGCAAAGCUAAAUACAGCUUCUGAAAUGAUACGUUCAAUCAUAAAAAAACAACUAAAUCGAACUCUUUCACCGCAUAUAAGAGCUUUUAACGAUUAUGAAUUAAAAACCCUCAGUCCGUUAAUUAAGUUUAAAGCAAAUUAUGUGGAUGAAUUGAAAGAUGAAUGCGUUAAAAAUAUGCACCAACCACCAAUAUAUACACUUUUAUCAGAGCCCAAAAAAGAUUACAAACUGUCAAACCAUUAUUCAAUCCAAUGUAAUGCGAUGGACUUAGUUGCAAUAGGACACAGUAACAAACGAUCAGCGGCCAAGCAAAUGGCAGCACAAAAUAUUAUCAACUUAUGGAAAAAAUUGUAUCCAAAAAUGCAUAUGAUAUAG